AGCAGACUGGACACGGGGGCCCGGUCACCUCGGCGACUCUUUCCAAGCCGGAGCGGCAGCUGCGGACGCGGCGGGGCGGGCCCGUGAGGGCGCUGAGGUCCGUGCUCCCCGCGUCCGUAACUGGCGCCCACUGCGGACUCGCCACCUCCCGCCUUCCCGCGCCAGCCCCCCGCGAGCUGGCAGGAGGAAAUUGCGCGCGGCCCCUUUAAAUUUACCCAGGAGCCCUUAAAGGAGCCCCAGGGGCCCCAGACAGGAAUCCCCACCCCGGUCCAGCCCGAGCCGCCGAGCGAGCAGCCAGCCGUCCGUGCGGCCGGCCGCCCGUGAAUGCGGCCCGCGUCCGGGGCCCCGCGCACCGAGCGCCCUGCGCGCGCCGCCGCCGGCUCCGCGGCCCCGCGCCCCGCCGCCCCGGGGCCCCCGCUCCUCGGCACAGCGCAUGGAGCCCGGCGGGGACCACCGGAGCCGGAGCGGCGGCGGCAGGGGCGGCCCCGGGUCCGCAGUGUCCUCGGCACGGGGCCGACGGCUGCCGCCCGCUGCAGCGAGCGGCGGCGCGGAGACCGAGGAGGACGACGGCGGACAAGCUCUUCAGCUGGAAGGGGGUGCCUUGGGGUCCUGGGGGAGUACCCCCCUACCCUCCUCCAGGGCCAGGGGACCGGCAUCUUCAGGCAGGAAAUACUCAGAUCAUUGUGAGGCUCGGGCCUCGAGGCCUGGGAAGAGCCGCAUCCCUGGCAGGGACCAUCGACGCUACUACCAUGACCACUGGCGACUGGAGUACCUGAUGGAUUUCAUCCCCUCCCGGCAUGGCAUGGUGUGUAUGGUGUGUGGCAGCUCCCUGGCUACCCUCAAGCUCAGCACCAUCAAGAGACACAUCCGCCAGAAGCAUCCCUACUCCCUCCAUUGGAGUCCCCGAGAGAAGGAGGUCAUCAGCAACAGCUGGGACGCCCACCUGGGGCUGGGCGCCUGCGGUGAGGCUGAGAGCCUGGGGGCCCAGGGGGCUGAGGAGGAGGAAGAGGAUGAAGAGGAGGAGGAAGGGGCCAGCCUUCAAGCUUGCCCACCCAAGGGCUCAGGCAAAGCCCCAGCUGGUGGGGCCUGCCGGCGCCAGCGGCGAGGGGUUCGAGGGGGCACAGUGGCACCUCGGCGCCGGCGCCUUGCCGCCUCCAGAAGGGCUGGGGGCAGCAGGGGUCUGGGGGCCCGGCGCCUGGAGCGGAGGCUGAAGGAGUCCCUGCAGAACUGGUUCCGGGCCGAGUGUCUCAUGGACUACGACCCACGGGGGAAUCGGCUGGUGUGCAUGGCCUGUGGCCGGGCACUGCCCAGCCUGCACUUGGACGACAUCCGUGCUCACGUGCUGGAGAUGCACCCCAGCUCCCUAGGGCUCAGUGGCCCCCAGCGCAGUGCCCUGCUGCAGGCCUGGGGUGACCAGCCUGAGGCUCUGUCCGAGCUCACCCAGUCCUCACCAGACGAUGACCUCGUCCCCCAGGACCUGACCAGAAAGAGCCGGGACUCCGCCCCCGCUGCUGGAGCCCCCUCCUCUCAGGAUCUCAGCCCCCCAGACGUAAAGGAAGAGGCUGGCUGGGUCCCUGAGAGGCCCGGGCCGGCAGAGCAGGAGGAGGAGGGCGAGGAGGGCGAGGGCGAGAGGGCGGGCAACUCGGUCCGGCCUCGGAGGGGCCGAGACUAUCGUCGCCACUACCAGGAUCGCUGGCGGCUGGAGUACCUCAUGGAGCUGGACGGCUGCCGGCGCGGCCUGGUGUGCAUGGUGUGCGGGGGCGCGCUGGCCUCGCUCAAGAUGAGCACCAUCAAGCGACACAUCCGCCAGCGCCACCCGGGCUCCACCAGCCUCAGCGGGCCAGUCAAGGCCCUCAUCGCCCAGGAGUGGAGCGAGAAGGCCGCACACCUGCUGGCCCUGGGGCUGCCCAGCCCGGAGUCCCCCAGCGACCCUGUCGCCCCCGGCACAGCCUCGGCCUCUGAGGAGGGGGGAGGGGCAGAGGAGGCGGAGCCAGAGGAGUGGUGGGGCGACGGGCCACCGUCCCCCGGGGCGCCAUCGGAGCGGCCCGCCGAAGAAGAGGAAGAUGAAGAUGACGGCCAGGAGCCCGGGGGGUUGGCUUUCCCGCCGCUACCAUUGCCACCGCCACCACCUCCCCCUCCGCCGCCGCCGCGCAGCCGGGAGCAGCGGCGCAACUACCAGCCGCGCUGGCGGGGCGAAUACCUGAUGGACUACGACGGCAGCCGGCGCGGCCUGGUGUGCAUGGUGUGCGGGGGCGCGCUGGCCACGCUCAAGGUGAGCACCAUCAAGCGUCACAUCCUGCAGGUGCAUCCCUUCUCCAUGGACUUCACCCCAGAGGAGCGCCAGACCAUUCUGGAGGCCUACGAGGAGGCUGCACUGCGCUGCUACGGCCAUGAGGGCUUUGGGUCACCGGCCCCGGCGCCGCGGGACGGCGGUGCGGAACUCAAGCCGGGCGCGGUUUGUCGCGCGUAGAAUUCCCUGCGCUGGCCUGGCCCUUGGGCUGAGAGACCCUGAUGUCAGGCGCUGGGGUCCCCCGCUGGCCGGGCUGGGCCGGGGUUGGGGAGGCGCUGCCGCUGUCCCUCGGUGACAUUCUGAUGUGCCGCUACUCCCCACGAUGCUGGUGCGCGCUGGCCGGGGGGUCCCGGCACUCUUCGCGCGGGCCCCGCGUUUCUCGAAAAGCCAAAGCGCCUCUCCAGUGUUCACAGCGAACGUUCCAGGCCGCGCCCAAGGGCGCAGUGCUGCCAGACCGGGGUGGGGAGGUGCCCGAAAUCAGUAUUAGGGUGGAAGGCAGGGCGCUCGUCCUGACCGGGGGCCCAGUUCUAUGCGGCCUCGCCCGCCCGCCCGCGGGUGCGGCUCUCGGCUCCCAGGUUGCUGGCUGUUGGGUCCAAAUUGGUAUUCUUGGCCUCCUAGAGGCGCGGGCGGCGCAUUGGGACCUGCAGCGGGCGGAGCGUUGAAGCCCCGUCAGCUGAGCCGGCUUCACCGGGUGGCUCAGGGGACCGCGCAUCCAUGCUGUUGGGACCGAGUCAUAAAGGGAUUAGCACUUUUUUCCAUAGCCUCUCCUGCUCAGAGAGCUUCUCUUACCCACCCAGUGAAAGCGGCAGGGACACUCUAGGCCCAGUGCCAGCACGGUGCAAAGCCCGGGGUACUGGGGCAGUGGUGUCUAUUACUGCCCCCACUGAACGUGAUUUGUCCUCGGUGGAUGCCACAUCGGUUCUCAGCGCCCCAGGGCUUGAGGCCGGCCUUGGCUUCUUUUGCUUUUACCCUUGGUGCCAGAAGGGCCCCUCAAUCUCCCAGGCAGGUCCGAGAGGGAUGUGUAGAUUUCAUUCUCCCGUGGAGAACAGGUGGUCCCGAGAUCAGGCCCUUUUUUGCUCUUUGUAUUUUAUUUUGAAACUGUAUUUAAUGCUUUUUUAUAUGAAAGGGAGAGGGGAACUGGCCCAAUCACCCUUACGUGCAAAUGUCUUAUUUAUUAUGCGUGUAUCAGAGAUAAGCUGUGAGGUGGAGGAGGAAAGAUGAGUGUGGCCAGGGGAUUGGGAGGAUACUAAAUAUCCCAUGUUCCCGGGCCUUGUUUCUAGGUCCAGUGUCUGCUCUUCACUAAGGGAAGCCACUGCAGGCACUGUGCCCUCCUUUUAAAGUCAGGGUGCAGUGGUCAGAGCAUGGGACUUGGGAGGGGCCCUGGGUUCUGGGGCCUUUGUGGCCCCUGUGGUGAGAAAACAAGAAAAAUAAAUCCUUUCUCUCACCUGCCAGAGCCAGAGUUCAAGGUUCAAGUGCCUCAGGCCCAGUUCCCCAGACUUCCUGGUCGAGUUGGAUUUUAUACCACGGAUUUUAUAGCAUUUUUAUAUAAUUCAAGGUUGCCAGUGGGAAGGGACCCUGGAGAUCACAAAUUGACCCCUUUCAGAGAGAGGAGCAAAAUUCCAAAUCCCAGAAAUUAUUACUUAGCCAGCUACGAACAGAUCAAGAGCUAGAAUUAAAAUCUCAACUCCUAGUUCCGUGAGCUUUGCAACUGUAUUACACUGCUUCCGACCUGGCAAGUUACCAAGGUUUCUUUGCCAAGGUGUAGUGUGUUGGGCACUGCAGGCCCACAGACAGCACUUGUGACUCCCGAGGGCAGCAAAACAUUGCUUCACCACUGCAGGCCUGCGAGGGGUGGGGCCUACCUCGCCUGGGACCAAGGUUUCUCCAGCAGAAGGUGGCAGAGUAUUAGUGCUAGUUUUGAAGCCAUUCGGUAUUCUGGAACGGCUCAGUUAAAUUACAGUUUUGACCAGCCAGGGGUUUGGAGACUUGUAAAAUCUUGAAAACAGAGAUUAUGGAUUGUGCCACGCUGGACACUGACCUUUUUUACUUUUCAUCAUGCAUGUUUUUAAACUAAGAGUGAUUCUCACCUCUACACUUUUUAGAAACAGGCAGAAUUGGAGCUGCUGAUUGUCAUCCCUACAGCUCACUGCUAAAGCUCACUGCUUAAGUCUGGGUUGAUGGGGCAGAAGUUAUAGAUGGUUUUCCACUUGAGAGGAAGCCCCCAGGCUAGCGUCAUUCUAGGCACCCUUGGGCCCACCUGCUGACUGUCACAAGGAUGGGACCCACAAUGCAUUUUGAUAGGGCUUUCCCAUACAGCUGCAGUGAUUGAUUCUACCAUGACUGGACCUGUGGCCCAAGGGUCAAGGGGUUGGUGGGUCUCCUCCCUCAGGAUUCUGAUUGAACAGGUGAAAUUCCUUCAUUGUUUUGUUAAUGGUAUGCUUGCUAUUAUGGCCCAUAUGUAAAUGUUACUCUGGAUACAUAUUUAUAUGCCAUGUUACUUAGUGACACUAUUCAAACAUUUGUAUGUGUAUUUGUGAAGUUGUUUGCAUCAGUCAUUUAAAAAGUAUUUCAGCUUAAGUUUUCCCAAGAGUUAUGUUGAAUAAAGUCUUAAAAGUCCAGCAUGAGUUACAGCCAACUUAGUCUUGGGGCAGAGCGAGUGAGAUGAGUUCUGAUGUCAGACCAGAUGUGCCAUGACCAGCUCAGUUUCAGCUUUUGGCUGCAUGUGGAUUACAGCCUGCUUCCUAUGGUAAGUGGGGACCCUUCCUAUUCCCAGGCUGGUGAGAGGCUGAACCAGGCCCUUUCACCUGCCACUUCUAAGAUCACCUUUUACAGGGUCUCUAACUCAUUUUAGAAACCAAAUGCAGGGCAGCUUUGCUCAGUGCUGUGUGAAUCCUUGCAAUCUUGGAAGUUUGUUUAGAAAGUUCCUGGAAUGAGGGUGGGAGUGAGUGAAAGACUUUUGCUCUCAUUUCACCCAAACUGUAAAAAGAAUAAAGUUGCAUACUGAUGAGACA